CACUGGCCCGUGUUUCUGGGAGUAAAAGACCUCCUGACGUUGGUGCCACCCCUGGUGGGCCUGAAGGGGAACCUGGAGAUGACGCUGGCAUCGAGGCUCUCCACGGCCGUGCAGGCCACCGUGGUGGGGCUGCUGGCUGCUGUGGCCGCGCUGCUGCUGGGGGCUGCGUCCAGGGAGGAGCUGGACUUGGCCAGGGUGGAGCUGAUGUGCGCCAGCAGCAUGCUGACCGCCUUCCUCGCGGCCUUCGCCCUGGGAACGCUGAUGGUCUGUAUCGUCAUUGGCGCUCGAAAGCUGGGGGUCAACCCAGACAACAUCGCCACCCCCGUGGCAGCCAGCCUGGGAGACCUCAUCACACUGUCCAUCCUGGCUUUGGUCAGCAACUUCUUCUAUGGACGCAAAGACAGCCGGUCUCUGAUGCCCCUGGUCUGCGUCGGCCUCCUGGCUCUGACCCCCCUGUGGCUGCUCGUCGCCAAGCAGAGCCCGCCUGUCGUCAAGAUCCUGAAGUUCGGCUGGGUCCCCAUCGUCCUCGCGAUGCUCGUCAGCAGUUUCGGAGGGCUCAUCUUGAGCAAAACUGUCUCUAAGCAGCAGUACAAAGGCAUGGCCGUGUUUGCGCCCAUCAUAUGCGGUGUCGGUGGCAAUCUGGUGGCCAUUCAGACCAGCCGCAUCUCCACCUACCUGCACCUAGGGAGCACCCCUGGGGUCCUGCCGUUCCGGAUGAAAAAACUCUGGCCUAACCCUUGUUCCACUUUCUGCACAUCAGGUGAGUCUGCUGUCUUCAGACCAGUAGAAAUCGGUGUCGUUGGAACGUGGCAGUGGAUGCCGGAACAGACGAGCGCGUAG